AUGCCAUCGCAGACACCUGUUGCACCACCACGAAAUCGGAAGAAGAACAAAAUUGAAAUAUCGAAUCCAUUCAACUUUUCCCAUGUUCAACAUAUUGGCGCUGACUUCAAUUCGGAAGAUGUUAAACGUGCACUUCGCAAAAAAGGUGUUUUGACUGAAUAUGCAGAACAUGUUCAACGCUAUAGUUCAAUGCCGUUCCCGAUAGAGUCACCAGAUCAAACAUAUGUUCUGCCUUCGCCAUCGAAAAGUGGUUUGAGGAGUAACCAAGCUACACCGGUUCAUCCGGAUAUCUUCAGCGCAGCUCUAUCAUCUUCACCGCCUAAAAUCGAUGCGCCUACAUAUGUCCAACCCUCAGAAGCUAAUCAUUAUGACCAUAUCCUUAAUUGGACUGCAGAGGAUUCACCUAAGCAAAAUAUAGUUCAUUACGAGAACUUCGAAACGACACAUACGUAUGUGAACACAUUGAACGGACCGAAAAGCACCAAAACUCGGAGAGCACCUUCACCACCGUCAUAUGCUAAUAAGCCGAAGCUUUCUGUUACUACCCCAGAUUCUGACACCAGCCUCAUGACAGAAGAAGAAUUGCCCAAAUGGAGAAAAGAGCGAGCUGUAUCAAGCACAACAACCCCAGAAACUCUAGAAUUGAAAAUUUCCACACCUGAUCGCGUUGAGAGACGAUCAAUUUCUCCAGCAAUUCAGCGACCAGAUCGUCUUUUCAAUCAACUAGCUCCUGCACAACGUUUCGAGAUAGGAUUGGAUGAUAUUGUUCCACCAAGCAGACCUAAGACUAGUAUAACAACACCCAGUACUGCCUCUGGAACACUAACUAAACGUACAAUGCCUCCGCCAAUUAGUAAACAGUUAGCUCAAGAAGCUCAGAAAAUAUUUGAGGCAAAGCAAAGUAUUGAUGAGACUUCUUCAAUCGAGUCUGAGUACGUAAUUAUUAAAAAGCCAGUACCAUCUCCUACAACAGUGGAAAGGCCAGGAAUUAUUGAAAAUAUAAAAAUGAAUACUGAUGAAGAUAAAGAACGAAGCUGUUCUAAAGCUAGCGUUUGUUCGGCUCCGACGCCAACAGAAUCUUCGACACCGGUACCAAAACCUAGAACAAGAAUAUCAUUAUCACAACCCAAUCAAGUAGACGUGCCUGAUGUCAUCCAAUCAAAUACGCCAACACAGAUAAUAGAAAAUCAAAAUGUUGUCAAUUCAUUUGUUCAUAAUGAUGAGGAUAUUGUACUAUCAAGUGGCGAGGAAGAUGAUUUCGUCUGCAGGUUCUAA